CGCGAGCUGUCACCCAGAUCAGCUGAUAAAAGGACUCGACCCUGCAGGGCCGAAGCCAUUGCUCCGGACUCGGGAGACGCCGUCGCUUUCUCCGCUCUAUCCUCUUUCUCCGCUUUCUCCAGGAGGCAGGCGCGCCGCUGAGCAGAAGCCUUGACCGGAGGAUAUUUCAGGGUAAGACUAGGAAGAGUGCUGAGAAGAUGAGUCUCAAGGUUGACUUGGACCCAAACUUCGCUGAGUAUGUCAUCAACGUGGGAGCAGUUGUCCUCGGCAGGAGGGAGAGGGAGGAGAUGGACCCUCACCUGCAGAAGGCGCAGGACGAGGCCGUCUCGCAAGCAAUCUGCGCUCUGCUGAACUCCGGCGGGGGAGUGGUCAAGAUCGAGGCCAGCGAAGGCUACAAUUACGCCAUUCACGGAGUAGGACUGAAUGAGCAUCCGAUUUUCAAAGGUUACUUAGAUGAGAUGCAAGACAGAGACCUCUUUCUUAUUUUUGUGAAGUCCUGGAACGCCAAGGCCUCCCGCAUACGGCUUGCUACUCUGUGCUCCAAUUUGUACCACCGACAUAAGACGUCGACCGAUGUCAUGACCUCUCAGGAGGCAGUGGAGUUCCUCAAGGGCAAGAUUCAGGCUCCUCCGAAUUUUCACGGGCCCCGCCUGUCAAGUGCACGGAAUGUUCAGGGCGGCGUGCAAAACGAAAGUAACAUAAAGGCCUCCGCCGCGGCCUUAUUUGACAGGCCUCACCUUCGGUACCUGGAAAACCUCAACUUUACCAAGUCCACCCAUGUCGAAUUUAAAAUGUUCCCAGCGGAAGUGUCAGAGUGCUUCAGGGACAGCCUCCGCAGUUGUGUGUCUGCAUUUGCCAACGCUGAAGGAGGGUACAUAUUUUGGGGGGUGCAUGAGGAUACCCUUCAAGUCAUUGGAUGUGGAAGAGUAGAUCUUUCGACCCUGAAGGACUGCAUUAGUAGCUGUAUUAGGAAGUUACCUGUCCAUCACUUCUGUAGCAAGAAGCAUGAGAUAAAAUUUAAAAUCAAAUUCCUUGAAGUCCGCGAUCGGGGGGCCCUCCAUGGACACGUCUGCGCGGUCAAGGUGGAACCGUUCUGCUGUGCAGUGUUUGCCAAACAGCCUAGUUCCUGGCAGGUGAAGGACAACUGUGUGACCCAGCUGACCAUCAAGGAAUGGGUUGCUUGGAUGACAGAGGAAGACCCAGAUCUUUCCAGAUUUUCUGAGAUGUUACUGGAGCUGAGUCUGUCGUCCACGACACCCCGCAGCAGAGCCGUGUGCACCCAUAAGAAUUUGGAAUGCUUGAAAGAACAGCAGAGGUGUUAUUUCCCAGUUCCCUCCGACGGUAUUUUGUACAGACCGGAGAGCCUCUACAAAGAACUGUUCUCGCAACAUAAAGGACUCAGAAAUUUAAUACAUAAGCAACUGCGUAAUAUCACCCAAGGAAUAUUGGUUUUCUCUCGAAGCUGGGCCGUGGAUGUGGGGCUGCCGGAGGAGCAGGGUGUCAUCUGCGAUGCGCUCCUACUUUCCCAGUACACAAAGCCAGUCCUCAUCACCGUCUUCAGAGAGCACAGCCCGCGCUGGAAGGACUAUUGUGUAAGAGUCGCUCACGCCUUAAAGCUGAAGCUGGUGAACACAGGCGGCUACACUGAGAAAUUGUGCAUCAUUCCCUUUGCCUUCCUGCUGAGUUCUGAUGCUGCGCCCACGGGCCUUUGUUAUUCUGAGCCACAGAGAUACCCUGAGUCCUAUAGACUGAUGACCAUGCGGCAGAUGGAAGCUCUGUUACAGUCUCUGGUGAUAGUUGUGCGUGGGUUCAGAUCUCUCUUAAGUGAAGAGCUGGGCUCUGAGGUUUUGAACCUGCUCACAGAUAAACAGUACGAGUUGCUUUCAAAGAACCUUCGCAAGACCCGAGAGCUGUUUGUGCACGGCUUGCCUGGGUCAGGGAAGACCAUCCUGGCUCUGAAGAUCAUGGAAAAGAUCAGUAAUGUGUUUCACUGUCAACCGAGUGAAAUUCUUUACAUCUGUGAGAACAAGCCCCUGCAGGAGUACGUGAGCCACAGAAACAUCUGCCGGGCAAUGACUCGAAAAGCCUUCAUGAGAAACAGCGCAGACGUUGAAAAGAUUAAACACAUCAUCAUCGAUGAAGCUCAGAAUUUCCGCCUUGAAAAUGGGAGCUGGUAUAAGAAGGCAAAAGCCAUCAUUCGGAAAGAAAAGGAGUGCCCCGGAAUUCUCUGGAUCUUUCUGGACUACUUUCAGACUAGCCACCUGGAGCACAGUGGCCUCCCCUAUCUCAGAAACCAGUAUCCAAGAGAAGCGCUCACUAGAGUGGUGCGCAAUGCAGAUCCGAUAGCCAACUACCUACAGGAAAUAAUGCACGAGGUCAGAGAAAAUCCACCACCUAACAUCCCCACUGGGUCCCUGCAGAUGCUGCCUGAAGCUGAAUGGGCUCAGGGUGUCCCAGGCCACUUGGAGACAAUGGAGUACUCCAGCUUGGAGGAGAUAGUCGCUUGUAUCGCAGAGAAAUGCCAGCUUCUCUUGAGGGAAGGUUAUUCCUGCAAGGAUAUUGCUGUGCUGUGCAGCACAGCAAAUGAGGCAGAAAUAUAUAGGUCUCUACUUCAAAGAGCAAUGAGGAAGAGAAAAAGUUCUGAGUCCAAUGAGGAAUCUAAUUUAAUACGGCUCAGAAAUGCGUCAGAUGUCACGGGCAAUCACAUGGUGUUGGACAGUGUCCGUCGAUUUUCAGGCCUGGAAAGAAACAUCGUGUUUGGGAUCGACCCACAGGCAGCAGAGCCAGCCGUUUUUCACAACUUUCUGCUCUGUCUGGCUUCCAGGGCCAGGAAACACCUGUAUAUUCUGAAGAUUUCCAACUGACAGGAGGAUCCUCCUCUAAGAAACCCUUCUGGUUCUGUGAAACUUUGAUCUAAACGUUUAAUCAUCAAAUAGGUAAUGACUCACUCACUGUGAACCAUACACUCUUCCCGGUGCUGGGGGUUGGGGAUGGGUUAGCAAACCAGGCAGAUGAAGAGUCCUUCUUUUUGGCAAAGGCAAAGCACAGAGAGCAAGCCAAUACAAGUACAAGAAAUGUCCGGGAAUAAUAGGGACACCAGAGUAGGCAUUGGAGGGGCCUGAGAUGCAGGGUGUGUGUGUGUGUGUGUGUGUGUGUGUGUGUGUGUGUGUGUGUGUGAAGGCAGGAGGGUAGCUAGGAGGAAGGACUGGUUAUUUAGCGUGGUCAGAGAAGUGAGGGGAGAAGUCACGAGAGGACCUUUCAGCAGUAAGUGCCAGGCAGACUCGUAUCUUUUCGUUGCUUUUAACACAGCCCCGGCGUAGGGAUGCUCGCGCAUGACGCGCCGGGAGAGCGUGGAGGACGGACAGGGGCGCCGUGCCUGGGCUUCCGUUGCCAAGGAACGGUUGUGGCGUGUUUCCAAAUGUACAACCAGAAGGCACACGUCAUACCUUUUUGUACUACCGCAUCACGACGCUUUAUCAGUUUCCUUUGAAUGCUGUUCGUAUUUCUGAUCACCGUUUUAAAAAAAAUGUAUGUACGCUUUUCAGUUAUUUGAACUCCAGCUCUUUCGCUCUGCUUCUGUGGUGUUCCCCCCGGGGAGAAUCUUAGGUUACUCCUCACCGGGAAGAUUGCCUCAGUUGCCCAGGCAGACGUCUUGUGUUUUUUUUAAAUUCGUUUCAAAAUGAAAGGGUACCCAAGAGGGGGGAUGUACUGAACGCAAAGGUCACACUUCGUUUUUCAUUUAAUAACCAACGAGACGAUCAAGUAAAUCUAGGAUCCGUGUUCUGCUGAGUCUUCAGGAGUUCGGCUAACCUCUCCAAGGUCAAAUUCCUCGUGUGCCACAGGUCUCUCAGGAAUCCUCACGAUAUUUGAAGUCAAACAAAUCUUCGUUUCCUGAGAAACUUACACUAAAAAUUUCAGAGUUAAUUCUCAAUGAAAUAAAGACCCCACUAUUUCUCCCACAUUAAGAUACUGAAAUCCCACUGUAAAAAGUGUGAACUUGAAGCAAGCAUUGGUUAUUUCUGGGAGCAGGGUAAAAUAUGAAGAACUCAAAAAACUUGAGACAUGUCUAUGGCAAAGCAUGGAAUUAAUUUUUGUGUGAAAUGUAUCGCAGUUAACUUGGGAAAAAAUGGCAAAUCACUUAGGAUAGUAUAAAGAAAUAUUUUUUAAAUAAAAUGAUCAAUAUAAAAAUUGGCAAUUCUCAAUCAAAAGCUGGAUGAGUUCAGUUUAUAGAUUCUCCCAUUACCCAUCCCCAAAAGAAUAAACAAAAUUAGUAAAACUACAGCUAAAACUUUAGCAGCAAGAGAGAAGCAAAGGACAGAACUCAACCUCAUGCCAUAAACAUCCAAUAAGUGUGUAUGGACAUAAAAAACAGAAUUAAAAAGAUUUCUAUAAAGGCAUGGCUACUCUCUCACAUGCCCCCAGUAGUACUGGAGUACACAGGGUUCAUGAGAAGAAAGAAAACCAGAAUGCUUGCUAAUAUGAUCUGUUUCAAGAGUGCCAUCUGGGACACCGAAAGGCAGCUCGGGAAAUCGCCAAGAGACCUUCAGGCAUAGACACUCCCCGUUGUUCCUGAGGACUCUGGAGAGACAGGAAGUAAUGUUUAGGGUUUCCUGUGAAUUCAGUGAAGAAGUCAGAGCCCAUGGGGAUGAGAUACAGCUCCUAGUCCAGUGGAGUUCAUAGGGAUUCAUAGGCAAUGAUCAAGCGCACACACCAGGUCAACAGUGAGGCCUCACAUGACCCCACAUCAGAGCAGGCUGCCGAUGGGAGGCACUGUCCAGGCCUCCUAGUAUAUGCCCUGGAGAGGUUCUACUUUAGAAAGAAUGUUGUCAAAGAGAGUCUUUUUAUGCCUUCUUAAAAUACAUGGGAAAACUAUACUGAGCUACUCUUGUUAAACAUCACAAAGAUUAAUGGCAGGAGAAGCAGGCAGAAAGACUAUAGGGAG